AUUCCCUUCCCUGUCUCCUGUACUGUACUGCGCUGUGCUGCACAUGCAGUGUCGCCAACCACCCGGAGAGACGCUCCCGUCCGUGACCCCCCCGGAAUGGGAUUGCUGCUGCUGUUUUCUGCUGCUGCUGGGGAAGGAAAAAAAAAAAAAAGGACAGACGCGCGCGCGUGCAUGGUCCGACCAAGUACUUGAGGUGCUGUUGCUAACCAUCUGCCGCCCUAUCGCUAGGGUUCCCUUCCUUGAGGUCCAGGCAUCACAUCCAUCAUCCAUCCUGGCGCCAGUACUACUAAAGCUACCUCUUUACCUUGGGGUCCAGUUGGGUAACUUGAUAGCUUGGGUGCCAUCCAUCCUCCUCCGCUCCACCGCACCGCACGGCACCGCAGCGCAGGAAAUCCCGCCGUUUUCUCUGCCUCGCCUCAAUUCGAACCCUCCAUCCCUCCAGCUCUCGCCCGGCUUCACAGUCUCACCCAAGCCAGCGUCGCGCCACCGGACACGCCCAGUGCAUAACUUGGUAUACCUACCGCCUCAUCUUGUUCCCUUGCUCUGCUUGCACAAACGACUGCCAACGGCCUCGCUCGAAUCCAACAAAGACGACUACGAUUUGCACGUCUUAUUGCUUUCCCCACGGACGGCGGCGCUAGCUUCCACUCGGUGUCCCAAGUCCACCUGAUAGCUUGCAGCUCCUCCUCCUCCUCCUCCUCCACCACCUCCUCUUGCUCCUCCUUCGCGUCCCGCCGCCACCAUCUCGACCUCGUUUCCGGCCGCGCGCCAGGUUCCCCCACCACCCCUCCUCGUUUCUGGCUCCUCUGUCGUCAGCCCGCCUAAUUACCCAAGCCAAGGUCCUCACACCGCCGAUCCGCGCAGCCGCAGAGAGAGGCACUCCCAAAAAAGGCACACCCAUCCAGCAGCCGUCGCCACCCUCGGGCCAAGGUUCCGCGCUCACAGCACAACACAGCACAGCACAGCUUGACCUUGUGACCUCGUUCCAACGAGGCCGCCGCCAUCGUACCUUUUGCCCCCGAAUAAAGUCUUGCGCCCCCAUCGCUCGAGCGCAUCCUCGACUCGACGCAGCUUUCCUCCAUCCCGACUUCCCGACCCAGCGUGCGAGCGGGGCCAGCCCUGCGCUUGGGAGCCGCAACGGGUCGCACAUACGUACCUAACCUAGGUAUAAACCAUAGGCCAUCUCGGCUCCUCACGAACACCGACGACGACAACCGUGACAGGGACCAGGGCAGCCAGCCCGUGACAGGGAGGACCAACAAAACAUUUUCCUUUUGGCGCGAGUGAGAAAAAAAAAGUCCCCCACCUGACGUCGCCUUGGACUCGCCCUUCUCCCUCUCUCUCCCCCAAAUCUUGCGACAGUCAACAAACCACACGCCACCCACUGUUUAUUGCGACUGCCGCCGCCACUACUCCGUACCGCCCGGCGCAAUAAGCCUCCCUACAUUACAUUACAUUACAUUACAUUACACUUUGGCUCUUGCGGUCCGCUCCUCCCACGGCCCAUCCAUCCGUCCAGCCCCUCGCGCUCCUCGUCCCGCCAACCAAUCGACCCCUCACACUUGUCGCACUAUCCACAUCUUUGGCUAGUCGGCAAGGUACAGACAGCACCGCUCGAUACGCUACAGAGCGCUCGCUCCGCCGUCCACAGCCCGCGCAGGCCCGUCCCGGUUUUUGUUGUUGACCUGACCCGACCUGACCUGUGCUGAGUUGGCCAGCGCAAGUCGCAGCCGCAUCCGCAGCGCCGCAGACCGAGCCGUCUUAUUAUUAUUGCUCUGCUCCAAGCCGGUGCUGACUUCGACGUCCGCCGCCCGCCCGCCCGUCCAUCCAUCAUCCAUCCAUCCCUCCUCAUCCCGCGCUCGCCCGCUCGCCCGUCCACGACGCCUCUCGCGCGCUCCCUUCACCUCGCGCCAGUGCCGUCGCCGCCUUUCGCCUUCGCAACACGCGCCGUUACUCCGACCUUCUCGAGCAGAUCGUCGCGAGUAAACGGCAAUACCUCGUUCUGGUCCCUUGCUGUCUGAUAUGCCACGAACCGCAAACCCCACCACUCAAACGGGCGAAAGCUCCCGCUCGACCUCAUAUAAUAGUGAGGGAGAGCAUUCGCACGAGCAAGACUACUCCGUCACCGACUCCAUCACUGACGACGACGACGAGUGGGAAGACGAGUACGACCAAGACGUUCACCCGUCCGACUCGGCAUCCGCCAGCAACGAUUACCCUCCGUCGCGGCCCCGCGCCACCAGAGCCGCCCCGCGACGCCAUCGAGUGGCCCGACAACAACACCACUACGCCCAGGUGCAGGCGCCCGCACCGAACCCGCCCAGCGUGGAUCCUUCCGACGAGUACCCCGGCCACUACGGCCCGGGCUACCAACCGCAGCACGCCCCUCGCGGCAGCUUUUACGGCCAACGCGGCGGCCAUGGCCAUCAUCCCUUUCAACAAAACCACUACAUGGGGGGCUAUCCGGGCGGAAACCAAGUCAUCCCCUAUGGAGGCUAUGGGCCCAAUCCGAACCCCUUCAGCCCCAUGAGCACCAGCUCGAGCGGCGCCAGCUACUUUGGCGGGGAGCCUCCGCGUCACAUGUACGAGGUGAUGCCGUAUCAGCACGGGUAUUACGGUCCGCCAGCCCAGUAUAAUCUGCCAGCCCACAUGCAGCAGUUUCACCUGACGCAGCAGCCGCCGCCGCCGCCGGCCACGGAAGCACCGGCCCCAGCCCCAGCCCCGACCCCGGCGCCCAAGGAGCCCCCAGUUGAUAUUGAGAAGAUCAAGAUGGAGGCCAAGAUCGCAGCGCUGCAGGCGCACGAAGAGAAGCAGCGAGCGAUCAACGAGCAGCGGGAGCGGGACGCUCAAAUUCGCAAGGAGGCCGAGGAAGCCUUUCUGAGGAAGAUGGAGGAGAUGAAGAAACAGCAAGAGGAGGCUCAAAAAGAGAUUGCCCGAGCCAGGGCGGACGCAGAACGUGCCGCCGUGGAGAGGGUCGAGGCCGAGAGGAGGGCCGCGGAAGAGAGACGAAAGCAGGAAGCGGAGGCAAUGAAGAGGGCAGAAGAAAAUGCGCUGAAGAAGGUCGAGGCCGAGAUGAAGGCGGCCGAAGAGAGGAGAAAGAAGGAGGCGGAAGAGCGCGUCAGGAUCGAGGAGGCCGCCAAGGCUCGCCUCGAAGCUGCCAUGAAGGCUGAGGCCGAGGCCAAGGCAGCUGCCGAGAAGAAGGCGGCCGAGGAAGCGGAACGGCUCAAGUUGAUUCAGGAAGACGCAAAGCGCAAAGCCGAAGCCGACGCUGCCGCCAAGGUCGCCGCCGAAAAGGAGGCCGCUGCCAAGGCAGCCGAAGCCGAAGCGGCAGCCCAAAAGGAGCAUGAGGCUCUCAAGAAGAGGAUCCAGGAGGAGACCAAGGCCAAACUCGAAGAAGCCGCCGAGGCCGCCAAGAAGUCGACGAACAAGGCCCCCAUCAAGUUCAAGGACGCCGUGGGGCGAAAGUUCAGUUUCCCCUUUCAUCUCUGCAAGACCUGGCAGGGUAUGGAAGAGCUCAUCAAGCAAGCGUUCCUGCACGUGGACGUCAUCGGACCGCAUGUGCAGCAAGGCCAUUACGACUUGAUCGGGCCAAAUGGCGAAAUCAUCCUGCCUUCUGUGUGGGAAAGGGUGAUCGAGCCGGACUGGUCCAUCAGCAUGACGAUGUGGCCGGUGGAGAAGAUGCCGCCGGCGGGCGGCCCAAAGUUCCCUCCUGGGAUGAUGCCUGGGCCGGCGGGCGGGCGGCGGGGACACAUUGGGGUCGGCGGUAUGCCCAUCCCCCCUCCCAUCCCCGGGGUCCCGCCUGCCGGGCGGCGCCCCGGAGUCCAUGUGCCGCCCGCGCCAGAGUGGCCCGGGCCCGCCGGACGCCGUGGCGAUGCCAACAUCGUCAACGUCGGGCCGCCUCCAACAAAGGGCAGCAAGAGCAGCAGCAAGAGGAACUCGGCCAUGCUUACCUUCUUUGCUGGCAAGCCCACCAAGAAGAAGUCGAGCAAGAGGGCAUGACGAGACGCGGAGAGAGACUGAUAACGACGAAUGACCGCUUUUUGUUUCUGCCAACAUUGUCUCAGCGCAUCCAUCCGCACCCCCUUGCUGCGGAAAACUCGAUUCUCCGCUCGGUUUGUUUGUUGAUGUACGUUGUGUUCGGCUUCUCCUUGCGCUGUCGAGCAGGGGUCCUUCAAUUGCAUUGGUUGCGGAGUCUGACUGUGGGCGGCCAGAGCGUUUCAUGGACGGCGGCUUACUUACUCGGCCGGUAUACCCUGGGAAUAUGUUUUUGCAGGAUUUACGGCGGAAAACGAGGGCAGUGCAUAAUGCAAAGCGUUUGAGACACACACACACACCACGGCGGCGAGACCAACUUUGCCAGUUCAACAAGUCACGCUUGACAGCGCACAGCUUUCCGUGGAAUGGUCUAUUUUUUUUUAUAUUUGAUCUGAUACAUGCGUAGAACGAUUGGAAGCUUUUUUUUGUGGAAAGGAAGGGAAAGGAAAGGAAAGGAAAGGGAAAAGAAAUGGCUGGUUGGUUACAAGCUCUGACUUUAAAAUCUAUCAAACAUAAACACGUGCA